AUGAUCCUUCGACUACUUGUCACAUUCCUCUGGCUGAUACUAAUAUCCCAAUCAAAACUAGACUCUUGUGAGCAAUGGCUCAAACAAUUGGGUGAUCUUGACUUUUUCACAGAAGCCCAGAUUCGAAUGGUUUGUAUGCAUCAGAAAGAAUGGGUGAAGGAUAGAGAUGAAGAAGCUGGAAGGAAGUUUUUGGAAGUCACUACAGACAACCAACUAAAAUAUCUUCGUCAUGUCGAACAAUGUACACGCGAAAACUGUGUGAGAGACGCGAGACGGAAGAAACGCGCUCCAACGAAAUCAAUCCGAAAAGAGAUUCGAAUGAUGUCUCCAUCAGAGCUUCGAGAUCUGGGAAUAGCAAUGAACGGUCUGAAAAACAGACAAAUUGAUAAUAUCACAGCAUGGGAUCUUCAUACUCUUGUCCACUAUCCAGAUAGUGCUCCAGGAGCUCAUUGGGGUCCCGCUUUCCUUCCAUGGCAUCGGGAAUUUCUGAGACAGUUUGAAAUAGCUCUGCAGACAGAAGUACCGUCAGUUACACUUCCUUAUUGGGAUUCCACUCUUGACCAAGGGUUGCCUGAGGAGGCAGAUAGUGUUUUAUGGACGGAUGAGUUAUUGGGAAACGGUAAUGGAUACGUGAAAACUGGUCCGUUUGCAAAUUGGGAUACCAACGUUUUGAUGCCACUCAGUCAAAUUCCAGUGAAGAAGUUGUACAGAUCGACUGGUGGAAGAGAACAAGAUCGUUUGAUGACACCAAAAGAUGCCAAUUGGAUCAUUACGAGGAAGAAUUUCAGUCAACUCACAUUCUGCCACGACAAAACAUUUGAAAGUAUGCAUGGACUGAGUCAUGUUUGGGUUGGAGGAUUUAUGUAUGUUAUCAGAGUGAGCCCAAAUGAUCCAACGUUCUACAUGCAUCAUGCGUUCAUUGACAACUUAUGGGAAAAAUUCCGACAGAAUAGUCAAACGAGAGAUGAGAGAGAAGUUCAAUGGGCAACUAAAAACUGCAAUGACAAUCAUGGAUUUGAUGUUCAAAUGAAGCCCUUCACAAUCCAGAAUCGAGAUGGACUCUCUAAUCAAUACACAGAUGAAUGGUAUGAAUAUCAACCAGUGAGACAUUGUUCAGCAGAAGAUGCCACGUGUGAUUCGCCUUUUUAUUGGUGUGAUAUGAAAUUAUGGAGAUGUAGAAGUCGGGUAGUUUAUGGUGGCAACUGUACCGGAUACGAAGGAACUCAAAUCUGCUAUAAUUCAGUCUGCAGUCAAGGAAAAUGUGUAGUUCCUCCACGAAUUAGAUCAGCUACAAAGUCAAGAAUAGAAGAUGGAAAUCUUUCAUUCAAAGAGAAAGUUUGGGCUAAAACAGUGCUUCUCGACAAGGAUGGGAAAGGAAUUGAAGAUGAUUUAUCGAGAAUUGUGAUCACCGAUUUGGAUACAAAUCAGACACAAAUUGUAUUCCAUUCCGGAGAAACUGAGUUCCCUGAGAUUCCAGGUACUGUAUACUUGAGUCUCCCAAAACCAAGAGCUGGAAAAAUGUCAAGAGUCUCAAUGGAAGCAAGAGAUCAAUUCGGUCGGUAUUGUCAGGCUCAAUGCAUGAAUUCAACAAGUGAAAGAUAUCAAGUGUGCCAACCUUUCCUGAAUAUUUCUCUGAAUUCUGAAAUGUCUUCUCCUGUUUCAUUCACACAUUCUAUUUCUUCAAGAACAUUCCUUAACCUGGAUUUAUCUGUCCAUCCACGUCGAAUGCAUCCAGAAAUGCCGUAUAUCGUGUUCGUUUGUUCACGGAAAUUAGUGACGAGUGCGAUGAUAAAACAGGCAGCUGAAGUUGUUAGAGCUCCAACUUCUACUGAGAAUUACGUCUUCUUCCGAGUGGCUGUAUUCAGAGAAGAGACAUCGAACUAUCAGAUCGAAGUCUCCCCAUACUCUGACGUUGGUCCAAUCUUCUCUUCUUCAAUCGAAAAAGCAGCAUCUGCAUUCGAUCCAAAUAUAGUUUAUGUACAAGCUCCGAAUCCAGAAUUACAUAAAGAAGGUGUUAGAGUCCGAGUGUGGAUUUUAAGCAACAAUAAUCGAGUGCAAUGCCAGAUUAAGUGUACUGAGAAGGACGGAUCAAUGCACGAGUGUAAUGGUGACGUGGAUCUUCAUUCCGAUUCAACUCUAUCACAAGAAGAUGUAUUCACUUCUGAUCCUCAUUCUCUCCCGGUUCUUGGUUGGAAUAUGAAAGGACAUCCGUCGUUUUGGAGACAUAAAAUGCCAUUUUUGUCUUUUCAUUGUUAG